AUGUAUAAAACUAGCAGUAGCCUUAAAAGAAUUUUGGGACAUCAAAGUUUUGGGGAUUUACAUAAACUCAAUUUUAAUAGUGGUGUUGCCUUAAAAUAUCCUCGAAAUACGUCUAAUAAAACUUCACCUGGCAUUGGGCGUAAAUAUCAACUAAUAACGGAGAAAAAUUCACCACUAAUUGUACAUACAGUAGAUGAAAUUAAUUUAAAUAAUCAAUAUCCUUUGCUAAGUGACGAAUUUGAUGGAAUUAAUUUAGAAAGGGGAAAGAAUGGUGUUUUUGAAAUUGAAGAUUUAGUUGACCUAUUGCAUAGAGAAAACUCUAGAGAUGUAUUUGUUGCUACUGUUCCCAAACACAUAAAUUAUGUUAAUUACAUCUGUAUUGUGACAGCUAGAAGUAAAAAACAUAUUCAGGCUUUAGCAGAAUUUGUGAGAAAAGUAUAUAAGAGAAAAUGUAACAAAUCUGACUAUAUACCACGCUUAGAAGGAAAGGAUUCUGAUCAGUGGAUUGCUUUAGAUUUAGGUAAUAUCGCAUUACACAUAUUUUCAGAGAAAACUCGGAAAGUUUAUGAUUUGGAGACUUUAUGGUCUGUAGGCCCUGAAUAUGAUGAAGAAAUACACAAAAAGAGUGAUGUAGUUGAUAUACUAGAAAACUACAGUUCUUAUUUAAAAGACCUAAAACCUUUAGCAUAG